UAUUUAGGGCCCUUGCAAAGGGAGAGAAAAUGUGCCAGCAUUUACCCGUGAAGAGGCAUGUUGCAAUUGGUUCUGCUGAUAAGACUGGCUGUAUAUAUCGGCAUGAAAUUGCAACAGCUCUUCAUUCUCAUCCUGAGGUGUUGUACACACAUCUUUGCUCCACAGAGCAGGGUGCAAAGUAUCAGUCCAACAUGUACUUGCCGUCACCUAUGGCUGUCUUUGCUUUCUUUGGCCUUCUGAUGUUUCAGGGGUUGGAUGGACACCUCCUGUCCAUGGCUAACCCCAAAGAAACGGAACUUAGAGCCCACCAGUCUACUUCUGAAUACCGACCUGGAGCUCUCCACAGCCUCUUCCGUUCUUUCAACCCCAAAUCUCCCCAGCUCCAGUUGCCGCAAAAAGGUGUUUCCUGCCGAGACUUGAUGCCUGAGGCCUUAGGAGGUUUUGCCAAGGUGCCCCCAAUUGCCCAGAACUUCAUUCGAGCUGCCUUCUCACUUGCUUUGCAAAGUGCAGGCUGUCCCUCACAUGCCGAAACCCUGAUCCUGCAACUCUCCAAAGAGUUGGGAGAGGUAGAUACGGAGCACCUCCUGGUCACAAUGGCAGGGGCCCUGGGCACACCGAGUCCCUCCCAUGAAAACAAAAGCAGCGUUGCUUUGCAAUUCAACUUGGACCAGUUAGCGCCCACCCAAGCUUGGCACUGCAGAGGCCUCAGGCAGGUGAAUGGAACACUCCUGCACGGCCGGGCAUACAGAGUCUACAAGGAUUUUUUAUCAGCUGCUCUAGCUUGUCGCCAUCUGGGAGAUCUUUGUGCUGGAGUAGCCUCCAAUGGUACCAGUUCCUUCCAAGUGGUGGCUCGUGAUGGCAGCUUCUUCCUACCACACCAUGGUGCCCAUUCUUGGCUACAUCAAUGCCAUGGUCUUGCAAGAGUCCAGCGCUCCAGCCCAGAAGAUUGUCUUAGUGAGAAAGAGCAACAAGUCUAUGAAGUUUUAAGUUGGGUGCCUGUAGUCAGUACCUACUAUAACCUUGGAACCAGCGUCUAUUAUGCCACCCAAGGCUGCACAGACCUGGCAAAAGAACGUGUUUUGGAGGGUGCCAUAGAUCUGAGCUAUGAUGCACUGAUGGGUAUGACUGGUGGGGUAGGUGGUGGUGCUGCGUUGGGAAUUUCUGCAAUGCUAAAGCCAGGGUACAAAGUGGGUAUAUAUAGAUUGAUCGACUACUUCAAUCAAGAGAAAGAAGAGCCUUCACCCCCUCCUACUACCAGCCACCAUCAUCUAGAUGUGCCUCAACUCUGAUCAUCCCAGGUUAAAAGUCCCUUGCAAUACAACAGCCACCACCUAAGAACUGCAGAGCUGGAAGGGACCCUAUAGAUCAUCAAGUCCAGCUUGUGUCAAGGUGGCACACAGUGGGGGAAUCAAACUCCCAACUUCUGGCUCUGCAGCCAAUGCCUAAUCCAAUGAGCUAUCCAGCAGUUCUAAUAUUGUUUGAUGUUUGCAAACAAUAUCCACAGCUUGUCCUUCAAGAAUACAGGUAACAGAGGAGAAGAAAAGAUAGGGGAUACUAUUAUUCUAAAUUGUCAUUUGGGCACCUACAUAUAUAGUUAUUGGUUUUUAAAAUGGUGUCUAAAGUUGUUUAGACACCAAAGGAUGCAGUUUUGCAGGGAGUCCGAACAGAGAUUAGGCUAAUGCCCAAAUAGAUUUCUGAAGCACCAGACACUGGUACCACUUAUUUUAUUCCUGCUUACUCGUAAUCCAUUAAAUAUCUUCUUGCACACUG